AUGGCAUCCUCAGAGACAGCACCUCUACUGCGCCAGGAAUCGACAACGUCAUACGCUCCAGAUGAGGAAUACGAUGAAACUACCGCCGCGAGAAGUACUUUUGCCCGCAACCUGGGUGCGCUCGAUGGCUUCGCGCUCCUGAUAAGCAUCGUCAUCGGAUCCGGAGUAUUUUCAUCGCCAGGACCCAUCGAUGCGAAUGUUCCAUCACCUGGCGCUGGGCUACUUGUAUGGCUAGUUGGCGGUAUUCUAGCAUGGAGUGGCGCUCUGACCAUGGCUGAGCUCGGUACGGCGUUUCCUGGCGAAGGCGGCAUCCAACCAUAUCUCACUUACAUUUAUGGAGAUGUCUUUGGAUACAUGGCGGCUUGGUCUUGGGUCGUUGCGACUAUGCCAGCUACACUUGCGAUUCUCAGCAUCGUAUUUGUGGAGUCCAUCUACUCCAGCUUGGGUGUGAAUGAACCAGAUCCGCCUAUCACGCAUAAAUUGCUGUCUCUGCUUGUUCUAGUGUGUGUCACGACUCUAAACUCCAUCAGCACCAAGACGAGCACUCGGUUAUCUAGCUUCUUCGUUGCCAUAAAACUGCUUACCAUUUCCUUGCUUAUCAUAUCUGGGCUAGUCGUGGUCUUUGUCUUUGUCGGAAAGAGCAAGGACCUCGGAGGUCAUGAUUGGCAUCAAAACAAUUGGUUCUCGCCAAGAGACACGGUAUUACCCGACGGAUCAAGGUUCGACUGGACAAAGGUGACUACAUGGGAGUCACUUGGGUUCUAUUCAACUGCUCUUUAUGGAGCUCUAUGGGCAUACUCUGGUUGGGACAAAGCCAACUAUGUUGCAGCUGAGUUGCGAAAUCCCAGCCGUCAGCUUCCACUGUCAAUCAACACCGCUAUACCUACAAUCAUACUCUGUUAUGUCGCAGCUAACGCAGUCUACUAUAUUUUACUUCCCUGGGGGGUUGUAUCAACAACGGAUGCUGCUGCUGUAACGGCUGUUACCCAUUUCCUUGGCAAGGGUGUAGCUUACUUUGCUACAGCGCUCAUCUGUCUUGUAAUUGCGGGCUCCGCCCUUGGUAACUCUUUCGUCGCUGGAAGGAUGACUGUGGCAGCGGCGAACAACAAUUGGUUCCCGCGUGUUUUUGGCACAGUCGGAUAUGUCGGUACCCUUAGAGUAAGCAAAAUUGCCGAUUCGGAUGAGCCAGCGGAUAUGGCCAUGGACAAUGGAGAGUCUCCGAUCAAUGCUUUGAUUCUCAACACUAUCCUUUCUGGCAUAUAUAUUCUGCUCGGAAACAUGCGCAUCCUGUUAACUCUCAACGGGCUGGCUGAAUAUGCUUUCUUCUUUCUCACCGUGCUUGGAGCCAUCAUCUUACGCUUCCGAGAGCCCGAUCUACCCCGACCCGUGAAGCCUCUCAUUCUUAUCCCUAUACUUUUUGCCCUGAUCAGCGGCUUUGUCGUUGUUAGAGGCGCUGUAUUCGCGCCCAUACAGGCAGCGAUUCUCGUAGGAAUUUGGCUUUGUGGUCUUGUGUUUUACUUUGUUAGGCUAUGGUUCCUGGAGAAGAGGUCUGGAAGAUCGGACUGA